GGUGGGAGGGAAAGCCUCCUGGCAGGGGCUCCUGGCCCAGGGCUUGCUCCUUGAGCAGCCAGGUGGAAAGUGGGCAGCUGAGGCCCCUUGACACGGAGGCCUCUGGGAUGCGUAUCACUGACCACUGCUCUGCCUUUCCCCUUCCCAGCACCUGAGGGGGACUCUCUCCUUUCCUGUGAGUGUGGGCAGAGCUGCCCCUUAGGGUCCGAGCGCCUCUGGGGAGCUUCAGGAAGGCUCUGGAUGCUGUUGGUCAUGCAGCAGAGCUCUCUCCAUGGUCACUGACUUAAUCAGGCUUUGAAUAUAAAGUCAGAUGACCCACAGAGCUGCUCCAGGGGCCAGGGAGACCAUGAUCGCUUUGUCACAGUAGACUUAACAGCCGCAGCAGCUCUUGCUAGCCUGGAUGACACAGCACGGAAACCAAGUGCCAGAAUCAGAUUGUGGCCGUGGGGAGAAGGAAGAAGAGGAGGCUCUGGCAGGGGUGCAGGGCUGGUGGGGGAGGGAAGCCGGGUACCCUAGAGAAGGGAGGGGCCAGGGGGAAUGGGGGUGCUGGCCAGGUGGAGAUGCAGAGGCACCUGUAGGAAGGACAGGGGCUUGGCUGAGCAGAGUGUGGCCAGCCUAGCGGGGGACAGCCUACAUCCUGGCCUCACUGGUCUGGAGGUGCCCAAGCCAGGGGCCCAGGACUUUGGGCAUUACUGGGAAAUGAUGGGAACCUGGGGUGGGGUGGCGUGAAACAAGAUGAGUUGGUAAGAUCUGCUUUCACUUUAAAGGAAUUAUUUCUGGUUGUUGCUUGGAAAAGAAGUGUCAGGGGCAAGAAAAUGCUGCAGGAGGGCCGGCCUGGAGGACAGGGCGGGACUGUAGGGCUGGCUGCGCGGGGGCAGGAGCCUGUGCUUGCAUCAGAGCUGCCUGGGAGACCCUGGCUCUGGGGCGGAGGCCUGAGUAAGGGGGCCUCCCUGGGGAUUUGGGGACCUCUGUGUGCUGGUACCUUCCCGCCUCCAUUCCUCUCAGCCCUGACUGACUCUGUCUUUGGAACCAGGUCCUGUACCUCAGCUGUGGAGAGGGAUGGCAGUGGCACGAAUAAGCGGGACAAGCAAUACCAGGCCCACCGGGCCUUUGGGGACCGAAGGAAUGGUGUCAUUAGUGCCCGCACCUACUUCUAUGCCAAUGAGGCCAAGUGCGACAGCCACAUGGAGACAUUCUUGCGCUGCAUCGAAGCCUCAGGUAGAGUCAGCGAUGACGGCUUCAUAGCCAUUAAGCUCACGGCACUGGGGAGACCCCAGUUUCUGCUGCAGUUCUCAGAGGUGCUGGCCAAGUGGAGGUGCUUCUUUCACCAAAUGGCUGUGGAGCAAGGGCAGGCAGGCCUGGCUGCCAUGGACACCAAGCUGGAGGUGAAGGUGCUGCAGGAAAGUGUUGCAAAGAUGGGCAUCGCAUCCAGGGCUGAGAUUGAGGACUGGUUCACGGCGGAGACCCUGGGAGUGUCUGGCACCGUGGACCUGCUGGACUGGAGCAGCCUCAUCGACAGCAGGACCAAGCUCUCCAAGCACCUGGUGGUCCCCAACACACAGACAGGACAGCUGGAGCCCCUGCUGUCCCGGUUCACUGAGGAGGAGGAGCUACAGAUGACGAGGAUGCUACAGCGGAUGGAUAUCCUGGCCAAGAAAGCCACAGAGAUGGGCGUGCGGCUGAUGGUGGAUGCGGAGCAGACCUACUUCCAGCCGGCCAUCAGCCGCCUGACGCUGGAGAUGCAGCGCAAGUUCAAUAUGGAGAAGCCGCUCAUCUUCAACACAUACCAGUGCUACCUCAAGGAUGCCUAUGACAAUGUGACCCUGGACGUGGAGCUGGCUCGCCGUGAGGGCUGGUGUUUUGGGGCCAAGCUGGUGCGGGGCGCAUACCUGGCCCAGGAGCGAGCCCGUGCGGCAGAGAUCGGCUAUGAGGACCCCAUCAACCCCACGUAUGAGGCCACCAAUGCCAUGUACCACAGGUGCCUGGACUACGUGCUGGAGGAGCUGAAGCACAACGCCAAGGCCAAGGUGAUGGUGGCCUCCCACAAUGAGGACACAGUGCGCUUCGCACUGCACAGGAUGGAGGAGCUGGGCCUGCAUCCUGCUGACCACCAGGUGUACUUUGGACAGCUGCUAGGCAUGUGUGACCAGAUCAGCUUCCCGCUCGGCCAGGCCGGCUACCCCGUGUAUAAGUACGUGCCCUACGGCCCCGUGAUGGAGGUACUGCCCUACUUGUCCCGCCGUGCCCUGGAGAACAGCAGCCUCAUGAAGGGCGCCCAUCGGGAACGGCAGCUGAUGUGGCUGGAGCUCCUGCGGCGGCUCCGAACUUGCAGCCUCUUCCAUUGCCCUACCUAGCACCCGCCAGCCCACCCUCAGCCUCCAGGCCCAGCCCACCCCCCACAGGCCAUCACCACAGCUGCAGCCAACCCCAUCCUCACACAGAUUCAUCUUUUUUCACCCCACACUUGCAGAGCUGCUGGAGGUGGGGUCAGGUGCCUCCCAGCCCUGCUCAGGGUAUGGGCACUCAGGUGUGGGCCGAACCUGAUACCUGCCUGGGACAGCCGCUGGGAACUGUUGGGAACUCUCCUCGGAUGUGUGGGCCCAAGGCCCCCACCUUUGUGACCCCCAUGUCCUUGGACCUAGAGGAUUGUCCGCUUUCUGCCAGGGCCAGCCCACACAGCCCGAGCCCCUAGGGGAGCAGUGGCCGGGCUGGGGAGGCCUGCCUGGUCAAUAAACCACUGUUCCUGCA